AUGGCGCACAAGCAGGCAGUGAAUGGACAUGCCACCCCCACAGCUCACCCAGAAGACACCCCAGGAGGAAGUCACUUCCAUCAGGACAUGCAGCCUGGCAAGCAGGGACAGAGGGGUGUGGAGCCCCACGGGGUCAGAGAGGCCCUGCCGGAGACUGGGACCAUUGCUGGGGUGUACGUGGAGGCUUCCAAGAAGACAAUGAGUUUUUAUGAUGCCACCAGAGAGCAUUUCCUGAUGUCUGAGACAGCACUUGCUCUUCUGGAGGCUCAGGCAGCCACAGGCUCCCUCAUUGACCCGGCGGGAAACAAGCGGCUCUGCGUGGCAGAGGCCGUGAGACUGGGGCUGGUAGGCCUGGAGCUGAAAGAAAAGCUGCUGUUUGCAGAGAGAGCAGCAACUGGCUUCAUGGACCCCUACACGGAUGAGAAGAUCUCGCUCUAUCAAGCCAUCCAAAAAGAGCUGCUCGGGCGGGAGCAGGGCGCCCGUCUGCUGGAGGUCCAGAUCGCCACAGGGGGCCUCGUGGAUCCAGCCACCAGCCACCGCGUCCCCAUGGAGGUUACCUACGAGCAGGGACACUGUGGUGACGAGAUGAGCCAGCUCCUUUCUGACCCCAGCUCUGCUGCUGCCAGAGGGUUUCUUGACCCAAACACCAGCGAGAGGGUCACCUAUCGGGAGCUUAAGAAACGGUGCAUGAUCGAUCCGGCCACCGGGCUCCUCCUCUUGCCUCUGAAAAUCACCUUCCCGGGGCUGAGAGGGAGAGUGAGCAGCAGAGAGCUGCUCAGCUCCAGCAUCAUCGACAUGGAAACGUUCAGGGCCCUCCAGGAAGGCCGGGUCUCCGUCCAGGAGGUAGCAGAGAUGGACCAUGUUCAGCAGUACCUGGAGGGCACGGGAAGCAUUGCAGGUGUGGCCGUACUGCCUAUCGGUGAGAGGAAGAGUCUGUACCAGGCGCUGACAGAGCACCUCCUCAUGCCAGGCACAGCACUGGCCCUCCUGCAGGCCCAGGCUGCCACUGCCUGCCUGACAGAGCCCACCAAGAACCAGAGACUCUCAGUCGAUGAUGCUGUCAAGGCUGGUGUGGUUGGGCCGGAGCUCUAUGAGAAGCUGUCGUCCGCUGAGAGAGCCGUCACCGGGUACCGAGACCCCUGCACUGGGGAGCUGCUCUCUCUUUUUCAAGCCAUGAAUAAGGGGCUCGUUGCCAGGGACCAGGGGACUUACCUACUGGAGGCCCAGCUGGCCACCGGUGGCCUCAUCGAUCCAGUCCACAAUCACCGUGUCCCAGUGGAGAUGGCCUGCCAACGGGGCUACCUCGAUGAAGAGAUGAAGCGGCUCCUCUUCCAUCCCACCCAUGACAUCAAAGGGUUCUUUGACCCCAACACGAAGGAGACCCUGAUGUACGCAGAGUUACUGGAGAGGUGCGUCACUGACCCAGACACCGGUCUCCGCCUGCUGCCACUCUUCGGAGAUGAUGGGGAAGGGUCUCGGGGCGUGCAGUCCUUCAUUGACCACAGGACCCGAAUGGCUUUGGAAAACACAACAGUACCUGUGGCCUGUGGCAAAUUCAAGGGGAAGUCGGUGUCGCUCUGGAAACUCCUCUUCUCAGACUACUUCACAAGUGCGCAAAGGGCCACGCUUACCCAGCAGUGCCGCACCGCGACUCUCUCCAUGCAGGAACUGGCUAAGACCGUCAGCACCACCGUUCAGCAAAUGGUUUCCACCGCCAAUAUCACCUUUGAAGGCCUGAGGCACAAGGUGACCCCUAGCCAGCUCCUGAGUGCUGAAAUCAUCAACAGGGAUUUGUUUGAGAAGCUGAGCCAAGGGGAGACAUCCGCCAGAGAAGUUGUCGGCAUGGACACAGUCAGGAAGUACCUGGAAGGGACAGGCAGUAUCAGUGGGCUGCUGCUGCCCGAUUCCCAGGAGAAAAUCAGCAUCUACCAGGCAAAGAGGAAAGGCCUUCUAAUGCCAGGGACGUCCCUCAUCCUCCUCGAGGCACAGGCUGCCACUGGAUUCAUCAUCGACCCAGCUGCAAACAAGAAAUAUUCCGUGAAGGAGGCUCUGCGAGCCAGCGUCAUCGGCCCAGAUAUUUACAACAAGCUGCUGGCAGCAGAGAAAGCAGUCACUGGCUACAAAGACCCCUACACCGGCAACAAGAUCUCCCUCUUCCAGGCCAUGAGCAAAGGCCACAUUGUCAGAGACCACGGCAUCCGCCUGCUGGAGGCCCAGAUCGCCACCGGCGGCAUCAUCGACCCCGUGCACAGCCACCGAAUCCCCGUGGAGGUGGCUUACAAGCGGGGCUACUUCGACAAGAAGAUGAACUUGAUCCUCUCUGACCCCAGCGACGACACCAAGGGCUUCUUCGACCCCAACACGCACGAGAACCUCACGUACUUGCAGCUGAAGGAGAAGUGCAUCACAGAGCCCUCCACCGGACUCUGCCUCCUGCCUCUGAACAGCACGAAGCGCCAGUUCAUCAAUGACACCACCAAACAAGCCUUCAGGAGCACGUGGCUCCUCGUGAAGUACGGGAGGUUCCGAGGAGAAAGGGUCUCCGUGUGGGACCUGUUGAACUCUGAGUAUUUCAGCGAGGGAAAGCGGCGGGAGAUAUUUAAUCACUACCAGCUGCGGAAGCUCACCCUGGAGCAGAUCAGACUCAUGUUGGAGGAAGAGAUGAAAAAAUGGGCCCACAUCAAAUUCCCAGCCAUGAGAGGCAGCGUCACGGCCUACCACCUGCUAGAAACUGGCAUCAUAGACAAGGCCCUGUUCGAGAGGGUGCUGGAGGGAGCUGUGAGCCCGGAGGACGUCCUGCGCAUGGACUCUGUCCGGAAAUACCUCUAUGGCUCCGGCAGCAUCGGGGGGAUUGUGCUCCAGCCAUCAAACCAGAGAAUGAGCAUCUAUGAAGCCAUGAAGCAGAAGAUUGUGAUGCCAGGAGUGGCUCUCCCACUGCUCGAGGCCCAGGCCGCUACUGGUUUCGUCAUCGACCCAGUGAACAACCAGAAGCUGUGCGUUGAUGAAGCCGUAAGGGAAGGGGUUAUCGGGCCAGAACUCCAUGAGAAACUGCAGCACGCGGAAGGAGCCGUAAUGGGCUAUAAAGACCCUUUUACUGGGGAAAAGAUCUCCCUCUUCCAAGCCAUGAAGAAGGGCCUCAUCGCUGACAAACAGGCUGUUCAGCUCAUGGAAGCCCAAAUUGCCACAGGAGGCAUCAUUGACCCCCACCGCGGCCACUAUGUCCCUGUGGAAUUUGCCCAGAAACAAGGCUACUUGGAUGAGGACAUGAGCAAAACUCUCUCUAGUGCCUCUGAUAAUACCAGGGUCUACUGUGUCCCCAACAGCAAGGAGCCUAUGACUUACACUCAGCUCAUCGCGCGCUGCCAGAAGGACAAAAACUCUGGCCUCCACUUGCUGCCUUUGCCACAGACAGCUGUGCCUGUCCGCACGGAUGAGCAGAUCCAGCAGCUAUUCAAGGAGACCAUGGUGAAGGAGAAAGGGGUCUCCCUCUGGGAGCUGAUCCACUCUGGCUACUUCACUGAGGAGCAGAGAAAUGACUUUGUGGAGAAGUACCGGUCUGAGGACGUGUCUGUCUGGCAGUUGGUCACUCUUGUCCUGAAGCUUGUUGAGGAAAUAGAGAUGAAAGCCCAUACCCACAUCACCUUCGAAGGCCUGAGGGGCAGUGUGCCUGCCGUCUGGAUGCUCGAUGCUGGCAUCAUUACUGAGAAGACGUUCGAGGAUCUGGCUCAGGGAACACAAACGGCCAGAGAAGUAGCCCAGAUGGAGAGCGUGAAGAGAUACUUACAGGGCACGGGGAGUAUUGCUGGGAUUUUCAUACAGGCCUCCAAGAAGAGGAUGAGCAUUUACCAAGCAAUGAAAAACAAUCUCCUCCUGCCAGGGACAGGGGUGUUGUUGCUAGAGGCUCAAGCAGCUACAGGAGCUGUUAUAGACCCAGUAACAAACCAGAAACUUGGUGUGGAGGAGGCCGUCAAAGCAGCCAUUGUCGGUGAGGAACUCAUGGAGAAGCUGCUUCUAGCAGAGAGAGCAGUGACCGGUUACACAGACCCAUACACGGGGAACUCAAUCUCAGUCUGUCAAGCAAUCAGGAAAGGCCUCAUUCCCAUGAGCGAUGGUGUUCCCUUAAUAGAGGCCCAGCUGGCUACAGGAGGGGUCAUCGAUCCCAUCCACCAUCAUCAUCUUCCUCUUUCUGCAGCCUACAUGCACGGCUUUUAUGAUGAAGAAAUGAACCAGGCCCUAUCCCAGCCCACUGACAACACCAAAGUCUUCUUUGAUCCAAACACAAAGGAAAACUUGACCUACCAGCAGCUGAAAGACAGGUGUGUCCCUGAUGCUGAAACAGGCCUCUGGCUACUACCUCUGUCUGAAACUGCAGCAUUCUAUGUGGACAAACAAACCAUGGAGGUGCUGAAAUCUGUGACAGUCUGUGUUGCAGUAGGACGGUUCAAAGGGCAGACAGUUUCCCUCUGGGACCUUCUCAACUCUGAGUACAUCACAGACUGCAAGCAGAGAGAGCUGGUGGAACUAUACAAAGAGGAGAAUGCUGUGGCCCUGCAAGAAAUCAUCACCACCGUUACCACAAUCAUUGAAGAAACUGAGAAGCAAGGCAAGAGGUUCACGUUCAAGGGCCUGCGGAAGCAGGUGUCUGCCAGUGACCUCUUCCAGUCUCAGCUGAUAGACAAGAAAACCCUGGACGAACUCAAGCAGGGACAGAAAACUGUCAAAGAAGUCACAGAGAUGGACUCCGUCCGGAGAUACCUGGAGGGGGGUAACUUCAUAGCUGGAGUGUUAGUACAGCCAGCCAAUGAGAAGAUGAGCAUCUACCAGGCUAUGACAAGAGGAAUGCUGAGGCCGGGAACCGCGCUGGUGUUGCUGGAGGCGCAGGCUGCUACCGGGUUUAUUAUUGACCCGGUGAAGAACAAGAGGCUGUCAGUGGAGGAGGCACUCGCUGCUGGGCUCAUUGGACAACAGGUCUAUGAGAAGCUGCUGUCUGCAGAGAGAGCAGUGACCGGAUACACUGACCCCUUCACAAAAGGCCAAAUCUCCCUCUUCGAAGCCAUGAACCAGGGGCUGAUCCUCAAGGGCCACGGCAUCCGCCUGCUGGAGGCCCAGGUUGCCACCGGUGGCAUCAUCGACCCCGUGCACAGUCACCGCCUCCCCGUGGAGGUGGCUUACAAGCGGGGCUACUUCGACGAAGAGAUGAACCGGAUCCUCUCUGACCCCAGCGACGACACCAAGGGCUUCUUCGACCCCAACACUCACGAGAACCUCACUUACAUACAACUCCUGGAGAGAUGUGUCCAAGACCCUGAGACUGGGCUGUACAUGCUCCAAAUAGUAAAGCAUGGGGGGACAUACUUCUAUAUAGAUGAGUCAAUGAAACACUUUUUACGCUCAAAACCCAUUAAAAUGCAAGUUGGGAAGUUCAAAGGCCAAACAGUGUCCCUCUGGGACCUGCUCUGCUCUCAGUACAUCUCAGAACAGAAAAGAAAAGAACUAGUGAAGCAAUAUAAAUGUGAAACCCUCACAAUAGAACAGCUCAUCACAGUCAUCACCACCAUCAUUGAGGAAAUGGAACUCAGAACCCAAGCCCUCAAGGUUAAAGGACUCAGAGGACAUGUAUCUGUGUCAGAGUUAUUCAACGCUGAGAUAAUUGACAAGACAACACUGGACAAUCUGCAAAAAGGAACUCUCACAGUCCAUAAACUCACACAAAUGGACUCUGUCAAGAGGUAUCUGGAAGGAACUGGCAGCAUUGUUGGAGUUCUGCUGCCAGACAAGAAAGAGAAGAUGAGCAUCUACCAGGCCCUAGAGAGAGGUCUCCUAACACCAGAAUCAGCGCUGGUGCUGCUGGAGGCGCAGGCUGCCACCGGCUUUAUCACUGACCCGCUGAAGAACGAGAAGCUGUCCGUCGAUGAAGCCGUCUCCGCCGGCCUGGUGGGCCGUGAGAUUCACGAGAAGCUGCUCUCUGCAGAGAGAGCAGUGACCGGCUACACUGACCCCUACACAGGCAACAAGAUCUCCCUCUUCCAGGCCAUGAAGAAAGACCUGAUAGUCAAAGACCACGGCAUCCACCUGCUGGAGGCCCAGAUCGCCACCGGCGGCAUCAUCGACCCCGUGCACAGUCACCGCCUCCCCGUGGAGGUGGCUUACAAGCGGGGAUAUUUGGACGAUGACACAUUUCUUCUUCUUUCUGAUCCAGAACAUGGCAACAAAAGCUUUAUGGAUCCUAACACCCAUGAAAAACUCAGUUAUGCCCAGCUCCUGCAGAGAUGUAGCAAAGACCCAGACACAGGACUGUGCCUGCUGCAGAUAACAGAAAAGAAGGAAGACUAUUUCUACAUUGAUGAACACACAAAAAAUACAAUGUUAUUAACCAAGGUUCAAGUACCGGUAGGGAAAUACAAAGGACAUAUUCUAUCUCUAUGGGAACUCCUGUGUUCUGAUUAUAUCAGUGAGGAAAAGAGGAAGGAAUUGGUAAAACAAUACAAAAAAGAAUCCACAGCUAUCUUACAAAAGAUCAUUGAUACAAUCUUAACCAUUAUACAUGAAAAAGAGAGGAGCAGAAAAGAUAUAUGGUUCCAGGGAAUCAGACAACAAAUCACUGCAUCAGAACUAUUCAACGCACAGAUAAUUACCAAAGACACAAUGGAAAAGCUAGAGGAAGGAAAACAGACUGCAAAAGAUAUAGCAAAGAUGGAUUCCGUAAAGAGAUACCUCGAAGGAACCAGCUGCAUUGCCGGAGUCCUGGUGCCGUCCAACACAGACCCGUCCAAGACAGAGAAGAUGAGCAUCUACCAGGCCAUGGGGAAGGGCAUUCUGAGGCCGGGCACCGCGCUGGUGCUGCUGGAGGCGCAGGCUGCCAGCGGCUUUAUCACUGACCCGCUGAAGAACGAGAAGCUGUCCGUCGAUGAAGCCGUCUCCGCCGGCCUGGUGGGCAGUGAGAUUCACGAGAAGCUGCUCUCUGCAGAGAGAGCAGUGACCGGCUACACUGACCCCUACACAGGCAACAAGAUCUCCCUCUUCCAGGCCAUGAAGAAAGACCUGAUAGUCAAAGACCACGGCAUCCGCCUGCUGGAGGCCCAGAUCGCCACCGGCGGCAUCAUCGACCCCGUGCACAGUCACCGCCUCCCCGUGGAGGUGGCUUACAAGCGGGGCUACUUCGACCAAGAGAUGAGCCGGAUCCUCUCUGACCCCAGCGACGACACCAAGGGCUUCUUCGACCCCAACACUCACGAGAACCUCACCUACAUGCAGCUCCUCAGCAGAUGCGUCCCAGACCCAGACACGGGGCUCCUGAUGCUUCAGCUGAUGCACAAAGGCUCCGUGCUCUUCCAGCUAGAUGAAAAAACACGAACCUGCUUACAGUCUGCCCCUGCCACCGUCAGCGUGGGACUCUUCCAGGGGCAGAACAUGACCGUGUGGGAGCUUCUCUUCUCCAGAUACGUCCCUGACCAAAAAAGGCAGGAGCUUCUGAAGAAGUACAAAGCGGGGACGCUAACCAUUCAGGAAAUGACAACCAUCAUCACCACCCUCAUCACCGAGGCAGAGCAAAAGAGCAGCAGAGAGCCCAGGCACGCCUUAAAGACUACGACGGUCGACGGGCCGGGGGGCGAGUUCCAAGGGCGAAAGGUCUCUGUGUGGGAUCUGCUCUUCUCCAAAUACGUCCUUGAAGAGAAAAGACAAGAGCUUCUGAAGAAGUACAAAGCAGGGACGCUAACCAUUCAAGAAAUGAUAACCGUCCUCACCACCAUCAUCACCGAGACAGAGAAAAAGAGCGGCAAACAGCCCAGCGGGGUGGAAGGCCCCUGCCGAGAGGAGACAACAUCCGGGAGAGCUGCCAGCGCCCCUCCUCCACAGGACCAACAAGCGGAAAAGACUCUCCGGCUCGCGACCGUCGACGUAUCGGUCGGCGAGUUCCAAGGGCGAAAGCUCUCCGUGUGGGAACUUCUCUUCUCCAAAUACCUCUCGGAAGAGAAAAGGCAGGAGCUCCUGGAGAAGUACAGAGCAGGGACCGUGACUCUGGAGGAGCUGGUCAGAAUCCUCACCACCAUCGCUGAGCAGACAGAAGAGAGAAGCAGCAAAGUGAAGUUCUCAGGCCUCAGGAGGCAGGUGACUGCCUCAGAGCUGUUCAGCUCUGACAUUAUUGACCAGAACACGCUGACUGAACUCACCCAGGGCACCAAGACGGUGCAGGAGAUCACGGAAAUGGAUUCCGUAAAGAGAUACCUCGAAGGAACUAGCUGCAUUGCCGGAGUCCUGGUGCCGUCCAACACGGACCCGUCCAAGACAGAGAAGAUGAGCAUCUACCAGGCCAUGGGGAAGGGCAUUCUGAGGCCGGGCACCGCGCUGGUGCUGCUGGAGGCGCAGGCUGCCAGCGGCUUUAUCACUGACCCGCUGAAGAACGAGAAGCUGUCCGUCGAUGAAGCCGUCUCCGCCGGCCUGGUGGGCAGUGAGAUUCACGAGAAGCUGCUCUCUGCAGAGAGAGCAGUGACCGGCUACACUGACCCCUACACAGGCAACAAGAUCUCCCUCUUCCAGGCCAUGAAGAAAGACCUGAUAGUCAAAGACCACGGCAUCCGCCUGCUGGAGGCCCAGAUCGCCACCGGCGGCAUCAUCGACCCCGUGCACAGUCACCGCCUCCCCGUGGAGGUGGCUUACAAGCGCGGCUACUUCGACCAAGAGAUGAGCCGGAUCCUCUCUGACCCCAGCGACGACACCAAGGGCUUCUUCGACCCCAACACUCACGAGAACCUCACCUACAUGCAGCUCCUCAGCAGAUGCGUCCCAGACCCAGACACGGGGCUCCUGAUGCUUCAGCUGAUGCACAAAGGCUCCGUGCUCUUCCAGCUAGAUGAAAAAACACGAACCUGCUUACAGUCUGCCCCUGCCACCGUCAGCGUGGGACUCUUCCAGGGGCAGAACGUGACCGUGUGGGAGCUUCUCUUCUCCAGAUACGUCCCUGACCAAAAAAGGCAGGAGCUUCUGAAGAAGUACAAAGCGGGGACGCUAACCAUUCAGGAAAUGACAACCAUCAUCACCACCCUCAUCACCGAGGCAGAGCAAAAGAGCAGCAGAGAGCCCAGGCACACUCUCCGGCUCGCGACCGUCGACGUAUCGGUCGGCGAGUUCCAAGGGCGAAAGCUCUCCGUGUGGGAACUUCUCUUCUCCAAAUACCUCUCGGAAGAGAAAAGGCAGGAGCUCCUGGAGGAGUACAGAGCAGGGACCGUGACUCUGGAGGAGCUGGUCAGAAUCCUCACCACCAUCGCUGAGCAGACAGAAGAGAGAAGCAGCAAAGUGAAGUUCUCAGGCCUCAGGAGGCAGGUGACUACAGAGAAAAAGAGCGGCAAACAGCCCAGCGGGGUGGAAGGCCCCUGCCGAGAGGAGACAACAUCCGGGAGAGCUGCCAGCGCCCCUUCUCCACAGGACCAACAAGCGGAAAAGACUCUCCGGCUCGCGACCGUCGACGUAUCGGUCGGCGAGUUCCAAGGGCGAAAGCUCUCCGUGUGGGAACUUCUCUUCUCCAAAUACCUCUCGGAAGAGAAAAGGCAGGAGCUCCUGGAGAAGUACAGAGCAGGGACCGUGACUCUGGAGGAGCUGGUCAGAAUCCUCACCACCAUCGUUGAGCAGACAGAAGAGAGAAGCAGCAAAGUGAAGUUCUCAGGCCUCAGGAGGCAGGUGACUGCCUCAGAGCUGUUCAGCUCUGACAUUAUUGACCAGAACACGCUGACUGAACUCACCCAGGGCACCAAGACGGUGCAGGAGAUCACGGAAAUGGAUUCCGUAAAGAGAUACCUCGAAGGAACUAGCUGCAUUGCCGGAGUCCUGGUGCCGUCCAACACGGACCCGUCCAAGACAGAGAAGAUGAGCAUCUACCAGGCCAUGGGGAAGGGCAUUCUGAGGCCGGGCACCGCGCUGGUGCUGCUGGAGGCGCAGGCUGCCAGCGGCUUUAUCACUGACCCGCUGAAGAACGAGAAGCUGUCCGUCGAUGAAGCCGUCUCCGCCGGCCUGGUGGGCAGUGAGAUUCACGAGAAGCUGCUCUCUGCAGAGAGAGCAGUGACCGGCUACACUGACCCCUACACAGGCAACAAGAUCUCCCUCUUCCAGGCCAUGAAGAAAGACCUGAUAGUCAAAGACCACGGCAUCCGCCUGCUGGAGGCCCAGAUCGCCACCGGCGGCAUCAUCGACCCCGUGCACAGUCACCGCCUCCCCGUGGAGGUGGCUUACAAGCGGGGCUACUUCGACCAAGAGAUGAGCCGGAUCCUCUCUGACCCCAGCGACGACACCAAGGGCUUCUUCGACCCCAACACUCACGAGAACCUCACCUACAUGCAGCUCCUCAGCAGAUGCGUCCCAGACCCAGACACGGGGCUCCUGAUGCUUCAGCUGAUGCACAAAGGCUCCGUGCUCUUCCAGCUAGAUGAAAAAACACGAACCUGCUUACAGUCUGCCCCUGCCACCGUCAGCGUGGGACUCUUCCAGGGGCAGAACAUGACCGUGUGGGAGCUUCUCUUCUCCAGAUACGUCCCUGACCAAAAAAGGCAGGAGCUUCUGAAGAAGUACAAAGCGGGGACGCUAACCAUUCAGGAAAUGACAACCAUCAUCACCACCCUCAUCACCGAGGCAGAGCAAAAGAGCAGCAGAGAGCCCAGGCACGCCUUAAAGACUACGACGGUCGACGGGCCGGGGGGCGAGUUCCAAGGGCGAAAGGUCUCUGUGUGGGAUCUGCUCUUCUCCAAAUACGUCCUUGAAGAGAAAAGACAAGAGCUUCUGAAGAAGUACAAAGCAGGGACGCUAACCAUUCAAGAAAUGAUAACCGUCCUCACCACCAUCAUCACCGAGACAGAGAAAAAGAGCGGCAAACAGCCCAGCGGGGUGGAAGGCCCCUGCCGAGAGGAGACAACAUCCGGGAGAGCUGCCAGCGCCCCUUCUCCACAGGACCAACAAGCGGAAAAGACUCUCCGGCUCGCGACCGUCGACGUAUCGGUCGGCGAGUUCCAAGGGCGAAAGCUCUCCGUGUGGGAACUUCUCUUCUCCAAAUACCUCUCGGAAGAGAAAAGGCAGGAGCUCCUGGAGAAGUACAGAGCAGGGACCGUGACUCUGGAGGAGCUGGUCAGAAUCCUCACCACCAUCGUUGAGCAGACAGAAGAGAGAAGCAGCAAAGUGAAGUUCUCAGGCCUCAGGAGGCAGGUGACUGCCUCAGAGCUGUUCAGCUCUGACAUUAUUGACCAGAACACGCUGACUGAACUCACCCAGGGCACCAAGACGGUGCAGGAGAUCACGGAAAUGGAUUCCGUAAAGAGAUACCUCGAAGGAACUAGCUGCAUUGCCGGAGUCCUGGUGCCGUCCAACACGGACCCGUCCAAGACAGAGAAGAUGAGCAUCUACCAGGCCAUGGGGAAGGGCAUUCUGAGGCCGGGCACCGCGCUGGUGCUGCUGGAGGCGCAGGCUGCCAGCGGCUUUAUCACUGACCCGCUGAAGAACGAGAAGCUGUCCGUCGAUGAAGCCGUCUCCGCCGGCCUGGUGGGCAGUGAGAUUCACGAGAAGCUGCUCUCUGCAGAGAGAGCAGUGACCGGCUACACUGACCCCUACACAGGCAAGAAGAUCUCCCUCUUCCAGGCCAUGAAGAAAGACCUGAUAGUCAAAGACCACGGCAUCCGCCUGCUGGAGGCCCAGAUCGCCACCGGCGGCAUCAUCGACCCCGUGCACAGUCACCGCCUCCCCGUGGAGGUGGCUUACAAGCGCGGCUACUUCGACCAAGAGAUGAGCCGGAUCCUCUCUGACCCCAGCGACGACACCAAGGGCUUCUUCGACCCCAACACUCACGAGAACCUCACCUACAUGCAGCUCCUCAGCAGAUGCGUCCCAGACCCAGACACGGGGCUCCUGAUGCUUCAGCUGAUGCACAAAGGCUCCGUGCUCUUCCAGCUAGAUGAAAAAACACGAACCUGCUUACAGUCUGCCCCUGCCACCGUCAGCGUGGGACUCUUCCAGGGGCAGAACGUGACCGUGUGGGAGCUUCUCUUCUCCAGAUACGUCCCUGACCAAAAAAGGCAGGAGCUUCUGAAGAAGUACAAAGCGGGGACGCUAACCAUUCAGGAAAUGACAACCAUCAUCACCACCCUCAUCACCGAGGCAGAGCAAAAGAGCAGCAGAGAGCCCAGGCACGCCUUAAAGACUACGACGGUCGACGGGCCGGGGGGCGAGUUCCAAGGGCGAAAGGUCUCUGUGUGGGAUCUGCUCUUCUCCAAAUACGUCCUUGAAGAGAAAAGACAAGAGCUUCUGAAGAAGUACAAAGCAGGGACGCUAACCAUUCAAGAAAUGAUAACCGUCCUCACCACCAUCAUCACCGAGACAGAGAAAAAGAGCGGCAAACAGCCCAGUGGGGUGGAAGGCCCCUGCCGAGAGGAGACAACAUCCGGGAGAGCUGCCAGCGCCCCUUCUCCACAGGACCAACAAGCGGAAAAGACUCUCCGGCUCGCGACCGUCGACGUAUCGGUCGGCGAGUUCCAAGGGCGAAAGCUCUCCGUGUGGGAACUUCUCUUCUCCAAAUACCUCUCGGAAGAGAAAAGGCAGGAGCUCCUGGAGAAGUACAGAGCAGGGACCGUGACUCUGGAGGAGCUGGUCAGAAUCCUCACCACCAUCGUUGAGCAGACAGAAGAGAGAAGCAGCAAAGUGAAGUUCUCAGGCCUCAGGAGGCAGGUGACUGCCUCAGAGCUGUUCAGCUCUGACAUUAUUGACCAGAACACGCUGACUGAACUCACCCAGGGCACCAAGACGGUGCAGGAGAUCACGGAAAUGGAUUCCGUAAAGAGAUACCUCGAAGGAACUAGCUGCAUUGCCGGAGUCCUGGUGCCGUCCAACACGGACCCGUCCAAGACAGAGAAGAUGAGCAUCUACCAGGCCAUGGGGAAGGGCAUUCUGAGGCCGGGCACCGCGCUGGUGCUGCUGGAGGCGCAGGCUGCCAGCGGCUUUAUCACUGACCCGCUGAAGAACGAGAAGCUGUCCGUCGAUGAAGCCGUCACCGCCGGCCUGGUGGGCAGUGAGAUUCACGAGAAGCUGCUCUCUGCAGAGAGAGCAGUGACCGGCUACACUGACCCCUACACAGGCAAGAAGAUCUCCCUCUUCCAGGCCAUGAAGAAAGACCUGAUAGUCAAAGACCACGGCAUCCGCCUGCUGGAGGCCCAGAUCGCCACCGGCGGCAUCAUCGACCCCGUGCACAGUCACCGCCUCCCCGUGGAGGUGGCUUACAAGCGGGGCUACUUCGACCAAGAGAUGAGCCGGAUCCUCUCUGACCCCAGCGACGACACCAAGGGCUUCUUCGACCCCAACACUCACGAGAACCUCACCUACAUGCAGCUCCUCAGCAGAUGCGUCCCAGACCCAGACACGGGGCUCCUGAUGCUUCAGCUGAUGCACAAAGGCUCCGUGCUCUUCCAGCUAGAUGAAAAAACACGAACCUGCUUACAGUCUGCCCCUGCCACCGUCAGCGUGGGACUCUUCCAGGGGCAGAACGUGACCGUGUGGGAGCUUCUCUUCUCCAGAUACGUCCCUGACCAAAAAAGGCAGGAGCUUCUGAAGAAGUACAAAGCGGGGACGCUAACCAUUCAGGAAAUGACAACCAUCAUCACCACCCUCAUCACCGAGGCAGAGCAAAAGAGCAGCAGAGAGCCCAGGCACGCCUUAAAGACUACGACGGUCGACGGGCCGGGGGGCGAGUUCCAAGGGCGAAAGGUCUCUGUGUGGGAUCUGCUCUUCUCCAAAUACGUCCUUGAAGAGAAAAGACAAGAGCUUCUGAAGAAGUACAAAGCAGGGACGCUAACCAUUCAAGAAAUGAUAACCGUCCUCACCACCAUCAUCACCGAGACAGAGAAAAAGAGCGGCAAACAGCCCAGCGGGGUGGAAGGCCCCUGCCGAGAGGAGAGAACAUCCGGGAGAGCUGCCAGCGCCCCUCCUCCACAGGACCAACAAGCGGAAAAGACUCUCCGGCUCGCGACCGUCGACGUAUCGGUCGGCGAGUUCCAAGGGCGAAAGCUCUCCGUGUGGGAACUUCUCUUCUCCAAAUACCUCUCGGAAGAGAAAAGGCAGGAGCUCCUGGAGAAGUACAGAGCAGGGACCGUGACUCUGGAGGAGCUGGUCAGAAUCCUCACCACCAUCGCUGAGCAGACAGAAGAGAGAAGCAGCAAAGUGAAGUUCUCAGGCCUCAGGAGGCAGGUGACUGCCUCAGAGCUGUUCAGCUCGGACAUUAUUGACCAGAACACGCUGACUGAACUCACCCAGGGCACCAAGACGGUGCAGGAGAUCACGGAAAUGGAUUCCGUAAAGAGAUACCUCGAAGGAACUAGCUGCAUUGCCGGAGUCCUGGUGCCGUCCAACACGGACCCGUCCAAGACAGAGAAGAUGAGCAUCUACCAGGCCAUGGGGAAGGGCAUUCUGAGGCCGGGCACCGCGCUGGUGCUGCUGGAGGCGCAGGCUGCCAGCGGCUUUAUCACUGACCCGCUGAAGAACGAGAAGCUGUCCGUCGAUGAAGCCGUCUCCGCCGGCCUGGUGGGCAGUGAGAUUCACGAGAAGCUGCUCUCUGCAGAGAGAGCAGUGACCGGCUACACUGACCCCUACACAGGCAAGAAGAUCUCCCUCUUCCAGGCCAUGAAGAAAGACCUGAUAGUCAAAGACCACGGCAUCCGCCUGCUGGAGGCCCAGAUCGCCACCGGCGGCAUCAUCGACCCCGUGCACAGUCACCGCCUCCCCGUGGAGGUGGCUUACAAGCGGGGCUACUUCGACCAAGAGAUGAGCCGGAUCCUCUCUGACCCCAGCGACGACACCAAGGGCUUCUUCGACCCCAACACUCACGAGAACCUCACCUACAUGCAGCUCCUCAGCAGAUGCGUCCCAGACCCAGACACGGGGCUCCUGAUGCUUCAGCUGAUGCACAAAGGCUCCGUGCUCUUCCAGCUAGAUGAAAAAACACGAACCUGCUUACAGUCUGCCCCUGCCACCGUCAGCGUGGGACUCUUCCAGGGGCAGAACGUGACCGUGUGGGAGCUUCUCUUCUCCAGAUACGUCCCUGACCAAAAAAGGCAGGAGCUUCUGAAGAAGUACAAAGCGGGGACGCUAACCAUUCAGGAAAUGACAACCAUCAUCACCACCCUCAUCACCGAGGCAGAGCAAAAGAGCAGCAGAGAGCCCAGGCACGCCUUAAAGACUACGACGGUCGACGGGCCGGGGGGCGAGUUCCAAGGGCGAAAGGUCUCUGUGUGGGAUCUGCUCUUCUCCAAAUACGUCCUUGAAGAGAAAAGACAAGAGCUUCUGAAGAAGUACAAAGCAGGGACGCUAACCAUUCAAGAAAUGAUAACCGUCCUCACCACCAUCAUCACCGAGACAGAGAAAAAGAGCGGCAAACAGCCCAGCGGGGUGGAAGGCCCCUGCCGAGAGGAGAGAACAUCCGGGAGAGCUGCCAGCGCCCCUUCUCCACAGGACCAACAAGCGGAAAAGACUCUCCGGCUCGCGACCGUCGACGUAUCGGUCGGCGAGUUCCAAGGGCGAAAGCUCUCCGUGUGGGAACUUCUCUUCUCCAAAUACCUCUCGGAAGAGAAAAGGCAGGAGCUCCUGGAGAAGUACAGAGCAGGGACCGUGACUCUGGAGGAGCUGGUCAGAAUCCUCACCACCAUCGUUGAGCAGACAGAAGAGAGAAGCAGCAAAGUGAAGUUCUCAGGCCUCAGGAGGCAGGUGACUGCCUCAGAGCUGUUCAGCUCUGACAUUAUUGACCAGAACACGCUGACUGAACUCACCCAGGGCACCAAGACGGUGCAGGAGAUCACGGAAAUGGAUUCCGUAAAGAGAUACCUCGAAGGAACCAGCUGCAUUGCCGGAGUCCUGGUGCCGUCCAACACGGACCCGUCCAAGACAGAGAAGAUGAGCAUCUACCAGGCCAUGGGGAAGGGCAUUCUGAGGCCGGGCACCGCGCUGGUGCUGCUGGAGGCGCAGGCUGCCAGCGGCUUUAUCACUGACCCGCUGAAGAACGAGAAGCUGUCCGUCGAUGAAGCCGUCUCCGCCGGCCUGGUGGGCAGUGAGAUUCACGAGAAGCUGCUCUCUGCAGAGAGAGCAGUGACCGGCUACACUGACCCCUACACAGGCAACAAGAUCUCCCUCUUCCAGGCCAUGAAGAAAGACCUGAUAGUCAAAGACCACGGCAUCCGCCUGCUGGAGGCCCAGAUCGCCACCGGCGGCAUCAUCGACCCCGUGCACAGUCACCGCCUCCCCGUGGAGGUGGCUUACAAGCGGGGCUACUUCGACCAAGAGAUGAGCCGGAUCCUCUCUGACCCCAGCGACGACACCAAGGGCUUCUUCGACCCCAACACUCACGAGAACCUCACCUACAUGCAGCUCCUCAGCAGAUGCGUCCCAGACCCAGACACGGGGCUCCUGAUGCUUCAGCUGAUGCACAAAGGCUCCGUGCUCUUCCAGCUAGAUGAAAAAACACGAACCUGCUUACAGUCUGCCCCUGCCACCGUCAGCGUGGGACUCUUCCAGGGGCAGAACGUGACCGUGUGGGAGCUUCUCUUCUCCAGAUACGUCCCUGACCAAAAAAGGCAGGAGCUUCUGAAGAAGUACAAAGCGGGGACGCUAACCAUUCAGGAAAUGACAACCAUCAUCACCACCCUCAUCACCGAGGCAGAGCAAAAGAGCAGCAGAGAGCCCAGGCACGCCUUAAAGACUACGACGGUCGACGGGCCGGGGGGCGAGUUCCAAGGGCGAAAGGUCUCUGUGUGGGAUCUGCUCUUCUCCAAAUACGUCCUUGAAGAGAAAAGACAAGAGCUUCUGAAGAAGUACAAAGCAGGGACGCUAACCAUUCAAGAAAUGAUAACCGUCCUCACCACCAUCAUCACCGAGACAGAGAAAAAGAGCGGCAAACAGCCCAGCGGGGUGGAAGGCCCCUGCCGAGAGGAGAGGACAUCCGGGAGAGCUGCCAGCGCCCCUUCUCCACAGGACCAACAAGCGGAAAAGACUCUCCGGCUCGCGACCGUCGACGUAUCGGUCGGCGAGUUCCAAGGGCGAAAGCUCUCCGUGUGGGAACUUCUCUUCUCCAAAUACCUCUCGGAAGAGAAAAGGCAGGAGCUCCUGGAGAAGUACAGAGCAGGGACCGUGACUCUGGAGGAGCUGGUCAGAAUCCUCACCACCAUCGCUGAGCAGACAGAAGAGAGAAGCAGCAAAGUGAAGUUCUCAGGCCUCAGGAGGCAGGUGACUGCCUCAGAGCUGUUCAGCUCUGACAUUAUUGACCAGAACACGCUGACUGAACUCACCCAGGGCACCAAGACGGUGCAGGAGAUCACGGAAAUGGAUUCCGUAAAGAGAUACCUCGAAGGAACUAGCUGCAUUGCCGGAGUCCUGGUGCCGUCCAACACGGACCCGUCCAAGACAGAGAAGAUGAGCAUCUACCAGGCCAUGGGGAAGGGCAUUCUGAGGCCGGGCACCGCGCUGGUGCUGCUGGAGGCGCAGGCUGCCAGCGGCUUUAUCACUGACCCGCUGAAGAACGAGAAGCUGUCCGUCGAUGAAGCCGUCUCCGCCGGCCUGGUGGGCAGUGAGAUUCACGAGAAGCUGCUUUCUGCAGAGAGAGCAGUGACCGGCUACACUGACCCCUACACAGGCAACAAGAUCUCCCUCUUCCAGGCCAUGAAGAAAGACCUGAUAGUCAAAGACCACGGCAUCCGCCUGCUGGAGGCCCAGAUCGCCACCGGCGGCAUCAUCGACCCCGUGCACAGUCACCGCCUCCCCGUGGAGGUGGCUUACAAGCGGGGCUACUUCGACCAAGAGAUGAGCCGGAUCCUCUCUGACCCCAGCGACGACACCAAGGGCUUCUUCGACCCCAACACUCACGAGAACCUCACCUACAUGCAGCUCCUCAGCAGAUGCGUCCCAGACCCAGACACGGGGCUCCUGAUGCUUCAGCUGAUGCACAAAGGCUCCGUGCUCUUCCAGCUAGAUGAAAAAACACGAACCUGCUUACAGUCUGCCCCUGCCACCGUCAGCGUGGGACUCUUCCAGGGGCAGAACGUGACCGUGUGGGAGCUUCUCUUCUCCAGAUACGUCCCUGACCAAAAAAGGCAGGAACUUCUGAAGAAGUACAAAGCGGGGACGCUAACCAUUCAGGAAAUGACAACCAUCAUCACCACCCUCAUCACCGAGGCAGAGCAAAAGAGCAGCAGAGAGCCCAGGCACGCCUUAAAGACUACGACGGUCGACGGGCCGGGGGGCGAGUUCCAAGGGCGAAAGGUCUCUGUGUGGGAUCUGCUCUUCUCCAAAUACGUCCUUGAAGAGAAAAGACAAGAGCUUCUGAAGAAGUACAAAGCAGGGACGCUAACCAUUCAAGAAAUGAUAACCGUCCUCACCACCAUCAUCACCGAGACAGAGAAAAAGAGCGGCAAACAGCCCAGCGGGGUGGAAGGCCCCUGCCGAGAGGAGAGAACAUCCGGGAGAGCUGCCAGCGCCCCUUCUCCACAGGACCAACAAGCGGAAAAGACUCUCCGGCUCGCGACCGUCGACGUAUCGGUCGGCGAGUUCCAAGGGCGAAAGCUCUCCGUGUGGGAACUUCUCUUCUCCAAAUACCUCUCGGAAGAGAAAAGGCAGGAGCUCCUGGAGAAGUACAGAGCAGGGACCGUGACUCUGGAGGAGCUGGUCAGAAUCCUCACCACCAUCGUUGAGCAGACAGAAGAGAGAAGCAGCAAAGUGAAGUUCUCAGGCCUCAGGAGGCAGGUGACUGCCUCAGAGCUGUUCAGCUCUGACAUUAUUGACCAGAACACGCUGACUGAACUCACCCAGGGCACCAAGACGGUGCAGGAGAUCACGGAAAUGGAUUCCGUAAAGAGAUACCUCGAAGGAACUAGCUGCAUUGCCGGAGUCCUGGUGCCGUCCAACACGGACCCGACCAAGACAGAGAAGAUGAGCAUCUACCAGGCCAUGGGGAAGGGCAUUCUGAGGCCGGGCACCGCGCUGGUGCUGCUGGAGGCGCAGGCUGCCAGCGGCUUUAUCACUGACCCGCUGAAGAACGAGAAGCUGUCCGUCGAUGAAGCCGUCUCCGCCGGCCUGGUGGGCAGUGAGAUUCACGAGAAGCUGCUCUCUGCAGAGAGAGCAGUGACCGGCUACACUGACCCCUACACAGGCAACAAGAUCUCCCUCUUCCAGGCCAUGAAGAAAGACCUGAUAGUCAAAGACCACGGCAUCCGCCUGCUGGAGGCCCAGAUCGCCACCGGCGGCAUCAUCGACCCCGUGCACAGUCACCGCCUCCCCGUGGAGGUGGCUUACAAGCGGGGCUACUUCGACCAAGAGAUGAGCCGGAUCCUCUCUGACCCCAGCGACGACACCAAGGGCUUCUUCGACCCCAACACUCACGAGAACCUCACCUACAUGCAGCUCCUCAGCAGAUGCAUCCCAGACCCAGACACGGGGCUCCUGAUGCUUCAGCUGAUGCACAAAGGCUCCGUGCUCUUCCAGCUAGAUGAAAAAACACGAACCUGCUUACAGUCUGCCCCUGCCACCGUCAGCGUGGGACUCUUCCAGGGGCAGAACGUGACCGUGUGGGAGCUUCUCUUCUCCAGAUACGUCCCUGACCAAAAAAGGCAGGAGCUUCUGAAGAAGUACAAAGCGGGGACGCUAACCAUUCAGGAAAUGACAACCAUCAUCACCACCCUCAUCACCGAGGCAGAGCAAAAGAGCAGCAGCACGCAACGGGCAACGUCACAGAAGGCCGAGGCUGCCCAUUCGCAGAGAGAUGAAAAACGGGAAAAGGCCUUAAAGACUACGACGGUCGACGGGCCGGGGGGCGAGUUCCAAGGGCGAAAGGUCUCUGUGUGGGAUCUGCUCUUCUCCAAAUACGUCCUUGAAGAGAAAAGACAAGAGCUUCUGAAGAAGUACAAAGCAGGGACGCUAACCAUUCAAGAAAUGAUAACCGUCCUCACCACCAUCAUCACCGAGACAGAGAAAAAGAGCGGCAAACAGCCCAGCGGGGUGGAAGGCCCCUGCCGAGAGGAGAGAACAUCCGGGAGAGCUGCCAGCGCCCCUUCUCCACAGGACCAACAAGCGGAAAAGACUCUCCGGCUCGCGACCGUCGACGUAUCGGUCGGCGAGUUCCAAGGGCGAAAGCUCUCCGUGUGGGAACUUCUCUUCUCCAAAUACCUCUCGGAAGAGAAAAGGCAGGAGCUCCUGGAGAAGUACAGAGCAGGGACCGUGACUCUGGAGGAGCUGGUCAGAAUCCUCACCACCAUCGCUGAGCAGACAGAAGAGAGAAGCAGCAAAGUGAAGUUCUCAGGCCUCAGGAGGCAGGUGACUGCCUCAGAGCUGUUCAGCUCUGACAUUAUUGACCAGAACACGCUGACUGAACUCACCCAGGGCACCAAGACGGUGCAGGAGAUCACGGAAAUGGAUUCCGUAAAGAGAUACCUCGAAGGAACUAGCUGCAUUGCCGGAGUCCUGGUGCCGUCCAACACGGACCCGUCCAAGACAGAGAAGAUGAGCAUCUACCAGGCCAUGGGGAAGGGCAUUCUGAGGCCGGGCACCGCGCUGGUGCUGCUGGAGGCGCAGGCUGCCAGCGGCUUUAUCACUGACCCGCUGAAGAACGAGAAGCUGUCCGUCGAUGAAGCCGUCUCCGCCGGCCUGGUGGGCAGUGAGAUUCACGAGAAGCUGCUCUCUGCAGAGAGAGCAGUGACCGGCUACACUGACCCCUACACAGGCAACAAGAUCUCCCUCUUCCAGGCCAUGAAGAAAGACCUGAUAGUCAAAGACCACGGCAUCCGCCUGCUGGAGGCCCAGAUCGCCACCGGCGGCAUCAUCGACCCCGUGCACAGUCACCGCCUCCCCGUGGAGGUGGCUUACAAGCGGGGCUACUUCGACCAAGAGAUGAGCCGGAUCCUCUCUGACCCCAGCGACGACACCAAGGGCUUCUUCGACCCCAACACUCACGAGAACCUCACCUACAUGCAGCUCCUCAGCAGAUGUGUCCCAGAUCCAGACACGGGGCUCUGUUUGCUGAAGGUGGGGAUGGACUAA